AUGCCUGCUUCUGCUAGACUCGCCCGUCCAGCCGCCGCCUUGCUGUCAGCAACGGCACGGCAAGGCCGGCCUGCAGCCAGCCGCAUUUAUCAGGCUGCGCGCAAGGCGCAUACAAGCUCGAGGUCGACCGGCAUCUCUUCAAGAUCAUCGCGACCGGUUCUGCAACCCGUGGCCCUCCCCCAGAUUGCUCCUCGAGGCGCCCGGAGCAUCUUCAUCCAGACAGAGAACACACCGAACGUGGAUGCUCUCAAGUUUCUGCCGAAUCACCGCGUGCUACCCGAAAACAUCAACACACCCUUCAUCGAGUACCUCAAUCCCCGAAGCACCAUCGCCCCGCCAUAUCCCUCUCCGUUGGCUGCCCAGCUCAUGAACAUCGAGGGUGUGACGGCCGUAUUCUACGGCGCGGAUUUCAUUACAGUUACCAAGACUGCAGACGCCAACUGGGCCCAUAUUCGCCCCGAAAUCUUCAGCCAUAUCACAGAAGCCAUCACCUCUGGCCAAGAGUUGGUCACGAUCAGCAAAAGAGAGACCGGGGCAGAUGGUCAGGAGAUCGCUGAGGAGGCCGACAGUCUGGCUUACGACGAGAACGACAGUGAGGUGGUGGGAAUGAUCAAGGAAUUGCUCGAGACGCGGAUACGACCUGCCAUCCAAGAAGAUGGUGGCGAUAUCGAGUUCAGGGGCUUUACCGACGAUGGUUUCGUUCACCUGAAGUUGCGGGGCGCAUGCAGGACUUGCGACUCGAGUACCGUGACAUUGAAGAACGGAAUCGAAGGCAUGCUUAUGCAUUAUAUCGAAGAAGUCAAGGGAGUUCACCAGGUCACAGAUCCGGAGGAAGAGAUUGCGUUGGCCGAGUUUGAGAAAUUUGAGCAGAAGCUUAGGGCUCAAAAGGGUCCCGAUGCCGCGCCAUCAGCUUUUGAAAAGGGCGCCAUAGAUUCUGCUCCCGCUUGA